GGCCGCUUCGAGGAGGAGCUGGACGCGCAGCGCAAGCUGCUGGCGGUGUGCCUGAAGCCGCAGGUCCGGCUGCAAAGGAUCGAUGUUGGGAAAAGCUCCAGCGGUCAGAACCAGAUCUGGACCUGGAGGUGAACCUGGACCAGAAUCGGGACUUUUUCUGCUGCUAAUUGGAACAAUAACCAAAAAUCCUAUUUCCGCAGCAGACCGGAUGUCGCUGCAGGCGAAGCAGUUUAACUGACUUCAGAUUUCAGUCAUCGUUGCUGCUGUCACGGAACCAGCAGCAGGCGUGACGAUAAUGACGACAACAAUAAUGACGAUGAUGACGUCAUCAUGUUUCUGGGGUUUUCGUCACUCCGCUGGUUCCGCUGUGGAUCCACAACUUCAUCCGUCACUGACGCGUCCGCCAUGUUUGGAGGCUGUUCGGUCGGUUCCGGUGUUGCCAUGACGAUGCCACGCCUGAAGGGGGCAGAUGUUCUGGGACAUCCCAUGUCUGUUAGAACAUGGUCGCCAUGGAAACGCAUGAAAACAGUCUGGAGCUGUUCUGUCCCAUGCACUCUGGGUCAAAGGUUACAGGUGGAGCUAUGACAUCAUCGUCUUCAGAUCAAUGCUUAUUGGUUAGACCUGAUCAGUUCAGAACAUGGAGCCCGGAUGUUCUGGUUCUGGUCGGGUUGUCGUGAAAUCGCUGCUGGGUCGUAGAACGGUCCAGAACCCUUGAGGGAACCGGCCCGUCUUCCUUCAGUGAAGAGUUCUGAUGCGCGUUCAGAACCUCCAGACGGGUUCUGGUCCAGCUAAAGCUGCAGACGCAGAACAGAACCGGUCCAGAAGUUACUAAUGGUAGAACUGAGCCAGUAGAACCUCCGGUACCGCUGGGCUCAGCAGAAGCUCGGUCCAUUACUGCCACCUUCUGGUGGUGGUUCUGCCUGGUUCUGGUGCAUUCAGGGUUCUGUUGGUGGAACUGGACCUCAGAGAGACUGAAGGCCUCUCUGAAGGUUCUGUCCAGUUCUGCACAACCAGGUGACCCAAUCAGAACCAGAACAUCUUCAGCACCACGUUUGUAAGGAGGAGGUUCUAACGGGCUACGAGAGUACCUGCAGUCUGGACUGGGCCGAACCAGAACCUCUACGCAUCAAAGAGGAGCAAAUGGAACCGAACCACAUUCUGAUCAGACCCGACCCAGAAGAACCAGAACCUGCGCAGCUCACAGAGACUCUACCGGAACCAGGAGCUCCACAUGUAGGAGAAGCUGCAGAGGAACCAGAACCUUUCCAGAACCUGGACGAUCAGGAGGUUCUGUCAGAACCAGACAGGCCACAGAUCAUCGACGACCUGGGCGAGCUAGAAUACCUGGACUUUGACGAGUACCUGGACGACCCGGAAAGUCCGCAGAUCAUAGAUGACCUGGAAGAACCAGAACUUCUAGAAACGGAGCACAGCCUGGAAGAACCAGAACUGCAGAACAGAACCAGGAAAGUGGAGUUCUGGACCCGGCACGACGAUGAGGGUCUGCUGCUGAGGAAGGAGUUUGAUACCUUCGUGCCUCGACAGAGAAAAUCCAAAACCGAAGAACCGGUACCGGGUUCUGACAGCCUAGCAGAAAUCCAUCAGAACUACGUCUGUGGGGAGGAGGUUCUGGCUGAGCAGGAACAGAACUUCAGUCUGGACCUGAAGGUACCGGACCAUCCUCGGAUCAAACAGGAACAGGAAGAAGUUGGAUCCGGUCAGGCCGGACAGAGACCGGAGACCGACAUCUUCAUGGUGACGGUGAACUACGACGAGAGUGAGCACAGCGAACCAGAACCCAGCAGCUCCCAGCAGUCCGAAGACUCCGACGAGCCCAAACCGUUCGUCUGCAAGACGUGUGGCAAGAGGUUCUCCAACAUGUUGCUGCUCCACGACCACCGGGACACCCACCAGAAGGAGAAACCCUACUCCUGCCAGCUGUGCACACGGCGGUUCGCCCGGCGGGACUCUGCCUUCCGCCACAUGAUCACCCACACGGGCGAGAAGCCCUUCCCCUGUCAGAUCUGUGGGGAGAAGUUUGGCCUCAACAGCCACCUGCUGCGCCACCUGAGGAGGCACACGGGCGAGAAGCCCUUCUCCUGCCACAUCUGCCACAAGCGCUUCAGCCAGAGCAACACCCUGACCUGCCACGUCAGGACCCACACGGGCGAGAAGCCGUACCCCUGCAGGGUGUGUGGAAAGGGCUUCGUCAGGCGCAGCGCCAUGAACAUCCACAUGAGGAUGCACACCGGAGAGAAACCCUUCACCUGCAAGGUGUGUGACAAAACCUUCAGUCGGGGGACGGGGCUGAGCUACCACAUGAGGACCCACACCGGAGAGAAGCCGUACUCCUGCAAGCUGUGUGGAAGAACGUUCCGGCAGUCCAGCCACCUCAUGUGUCACAUGAAGAACUUUCACCUGGACUGGACCCGAGAGAAGAGGUCUCGGUCUCAGAUGGAGGAGGAGGUCUAGAUCUACCAUAGAGAGCAGAGGUCUAGACCCAACAUCAAUAUGAAGUUCAUCCUUUGCAUAAUGAGUCAAAUUGAACCCGGUUCUGAUUGAACCCAGUUCUGAGACCAAAUGGACUUACAGGGGUCCCUACUGGGGGCCCAGGUGAACCAGAACCCAUAUAGCACGUCAUCGUGCCCAUUAGGCGGUGCUGUUAGCAACAGUGUUAGCAUAGCUACAUACGCUACCUUCACCACAGAGAGGGAGAUAUGGCAAACCUGUUUAUCAUAUAAUCAUGUUGGAUUCUUAAUCAGUACUGAGUUGUUGAUGUCAGAACCUCCAGUUCCUCUGGACCGACCAGGUGAGCUCGUCGUCGGGUCCACCGGUCCUGCGGAUCACAACUGAGCAUCACUAGUUUGGUUCUGGUUCAGUUGGACCCGAUUGACCGGAGUGGUGAGCUUGUAGACUCAAAGAUCAUCGUUCAACUCGAUCAGAGACUGAAAAAUGAUUCAGAUAUUUCCAAAGUUUGAGGCUCAGCAGGAAGUUCUGAAAGGUUUCAGUGAAGAAAGGAGCCGUGGUUCCGGUACCAGACCGUGGAGAACCUCCAGUCAUCCACAGCUUACAGUUUGUAUAAAUAAAUGUAAAUAAUGACCAGCCCUGAAAGGUGGUCCAGUUGGACCCCAGAACCAGAACCGGCACACAUUCCGGUCAGGGGAACCAGAGGUCCAAUUCUAUUGGCUCCCUUAGAACCGCCCGAGGUGGUUCUGCUCUGCUGACACUAAUCUGACCAGAACCAGGUUCUGCUUCUGACCCGUUUACAUUGACAUUCCUGUCUCUGAGGCAAAUGGACUGAACCAGAACCGGGCUCACUCAUUUAUACCCCAGACAUCCGGAGGCAGCCUGGGGUUUAGUGCCUUGUUCAGGGUGGAAGCCGGAACCGGACCGAGCCGGACCUGUAGCGCUACGCUAACACCUAGAGCGCUCAUCAGUCUGAAGCCCCGCCCCUUCCUGCCUCGACUCCCCACAGAGCCGAGCAGGACCGGCAGACGGGUCGGUUCCUGCAGCAGAACCUCUACAGGAACGACGGUGAGGAGAUGAUGGACCUCCAACCCGGCUGGGAACCAGAACCUGACAUCCAGGUACAGAGAAGAGAACAAAAAUGACGGUGGAUAAAUUCUACAAAAUAACUUUCAUGAUGCCGGGUCGGAACCGGGUCAGAACCGGGAUGGAUCCGGGUCGGAUCCAGGAAUCGUCCGGCUGACAGUUUCAGUGUAAUAAUGUCAGGAAGCUUCAGCUCAUCAGGACUUUGGACCAGCAGAACCGAUCAGAACCGAUCCUGUCCUGAUGCGCCUAGAAACCCGAGCCGCUCCUCGGACAGUAAUGGCUGCCCACAGGCUGCGUUGGUCUCCAUGGCAACCAGCAGACGGCGUGUUUUAUUGCUUGGCUGGUUUCUUCAGAAAUGCUGUUUAAAUCUGGACCCGUUUCAGUGAAAACUCAAAGUUCUGGACAUCCUAUCUGGGUUUCUAGGACCGAAGCUGGAGCAGCUCCUCCAGAGACGCUCAUUCAAAUAUUUCAACCUUUAUUCCAUCCAGUUUCUUUACAGAGGACUGAAUGUUUGCUAUCAUGUGCCUGUUCUAAUAUUUAGCCUCUAUGUUUCUGAUUGUAUCCAUGUGAGCUCUGGUAUGUGUUCUACUCUAGAUAUUCUGGUUCUGUGCUGUAGAACAUCACUAGAAAUAAAGUUUGUGGAGAAGUUGGACACUAAUCAUCGAA